CUGAUGAAGAUGAAGGAGCUGCUCCUCUUCCUCUCCUGUGUCCUCUGUGUCUUUGCUGACGCUCUGCACAGUGACAUUAGUACCGUUGGCUGUUCAGACUCUGAUGGAGAGUACAUGUAUGGACUGGAUGGUGAAGAGAAAUGGUACGCAGACUUCAACAAAAAGGAGAUGAUCUACCCUCAGCCUCCUUUUAUGGAUCAUGGGACUUACCCAGGAGCUUAUGAACAAGCUGUGGCUAAUCAACAGGUCUGCAAAACCAACCUGCAGACUGCUCGUAAAGUGAUGAAGGACUUCCCUCUAGAACAGGAUGCUCCUUCAGCUGUGAUGAUCUACACCAGAGAUGAGGUGGAGUUUGGAGAGAAGAACUAUCUCAUUUGUUACGUGACUGGUUUCUAUCCUGCUCCUGUCAACGUCUCCUGGACCAAGAACGGACAGAAGGUCACAGGAUCCAGCAUCAACGUUCCCUAUCCCAACAAAGACGGGACCUUCACCCAGAUCUCCAGACUGGACUUCACCCCACAGCAGGGAGACGUGUACAGCUGUGCAGUGCAACAUCUGGCCCUGACUGAACCACUGACCAAGAUCUAUGAUGUGCAGGCGUCUGGUCAGUCUGAUCCAGGUGUUGGACCCUCUGUAUUCUGUGGAGUGGGUCUGACUGUGGGUCUGCUCGGUGUGGCUGCUGGAACCUUCUUCCUCAUCAAAGGAAAUGAGUGCAGCUGAUUGGCUCACAGUGAUGAUGUCGUCAACAUUAUAUAAUGAGCUCAUAAUCAGUGUGGCUGUACAGAGUUCACCUGUAGUGAACAUCUGAUUCCUCUUUUCU